GGUGAGAUAGAACCGGAUAUUCUUCUUGAUAUAAUGGUAACGCGAAUGUCCAACUCUGAUGAUGUUCGUGGACUGCGUCAAGCUGAACGUCGUAUUAAAGCCAAACACCUGCAGUACAACGGGAUUCAGCCGUCGUCGUCUGGUGAGAUCAACCUGCGAUUCUCUUCUCCAUGCACUUUCAUGUGA